CGUUGGAGGCGCCAUCCCGAUCCUUCGUCUCCAUCUUUUGUUGCUGCAGCCAGAUCAGCUCCCGGCGAGUAGUCUGCAAGUCCAACGCUGCUGCCCUUAGUGCGCCCGGCUGCUCCGUCCUCCCCCGCGCCUAGGCAUCAUCCACAACGGCUAUCCAGUUGGCCUAACACGUCACCGUUCUGCUCCCGCGACCCUCCUGAUAUCUAUCGAUACCUAUCCUUCCAGGCACCGGGAAGUGCCUCUGUUGAGUGAGACCAUUGUGGGCGCAUACCCUCCGACCGAUAUUAUAUACCUGGGGCGCAAAGAGGGGAAGAGGACUCGAUUGCAUUUCGUCUCGCUACCCACCCCCUUUACGGAAUCGAUCUUCCUUGAUGCAUUGUUGACAAUUCGAUGCGCAUGUGAGAGUUGAGAAGAUCAUAUCCCAUUCCCUUGAAUACUAUCGCUAUAUACCCACACGUCCGAGGUUAUCACCAUGUUUCACUCAUCGAAGCCGUAUACGGCUGUGACGGUCCAGAUCGAGGUCCUCACCAGCGAACAAUAUGAGGUGGAGGACUCCAGUGGAAUCGUGGACCUAAUCGAGGCCAUUCGCAUCCAGGGCAGUGGUCCCACUGAGGCAAGUCGCGCUCUGCGUAAGAAACUCAAAUAUGGCAACCUUCACCGCCAAUUGAGAGCGCUCACAAUUCUGGAUUUCCUGAUCCAGAAUACGGGUGAUCGCUUUUUGCGGGAAUUUGCCGAUGAGCCAUUGCUCGAGCGACUCCGAAUUGCCGCCACCGACCCAGUUUCUGACCCGUUGGUGAAAGAGAAAUGCAAACAGCUCUUUGGGCAAUGGGCAGCCUCAUACAAGAACACCCCCGGUAUGGAGCGGGUGACGGGCCUUUAUAGACAGCUACCGAAGCGCAAGCAGCCGGCUGUCCAGGCGAAGGCCAAGGUAUUAAGGGACUCAGGUACCUCUGACGAACCUGCAAUGGGCCAUACUGUGUCCGUGUCGGCCGGAAAUGGACCUGCUACGGUGCUCACGGGCCCGAAACACAAGCACACAUCCAGCAAAUCGUCUCUAUCUUCAUUUAGGAAAGACAAGCGGGAGAAGAAGACAUUAAGUCGGUCUUUCAACAUCGACAAGGAGAAGCCAGAAAUCCUGCAAACCCUCGCAUCAUCCUCCGUCGCCAGCACAAACCUCUUGAACGCGCUGAAGCUAGUCAACCGCGAAACGCAUCGUGUGAGCGAAGACGCUGAAGUCCUAAACCGGUUCGAGACAUGCAAGACGUUACGGCGACAGAUUCUCCGAUACAUCCAACAUGUGGAGAGCGAAGAAUUCCUGGGCAGCUUAAUCCACGCGAACGAAGAGCUCGUCACGGCACUGAUGGCAUUCGAGGUCUUAGACAAGAGUGUAGACUACGACAGUGAUAGUGACCAGGACGUACUAGAAACCGGAUGGACCCCUGAUCGCGACGACCUCCCCGAGACAUUCGCAGGACUAGUCGUUAAUCCCCGGAAACCACCCCGGCCUCCUCGCCCCAUGAGCAUAUCCGUGCCAUCCUCAUCGUCAAGGAGAGUCUACAGCUCCAGUGAAUCCGAGUCCGAAGACGACGACGACGAAGACAACCCCUUCGGCGACCGCAACGCCAUCCGCACCCCUGGCAUCGAAAGACACGAACCUACCUGGAAAGAAGUCUAGAUGAUCAAGACCAGGUUGCCCGCAUUUUCCACACCCACAAUACAUAUCACAUCAAACCGAACCAAUCCAAUCCAGAUUCGCCUCACUUCUCCACGACAAGAAAGAGUCAUCCCCUCCGCAAGGACAGCUUAAGCUUUCGCGUCACUCUAUAUCCCUGCCCUUCCUUGGACGGGUAAUCCGCAUGGUACGGGCGCACGGGGUAGUUGCUAGAAUGAAAUUCCAUGUAUGAAUGAUGUACUUACUACCUACGGGUCUAAAACUCCAUAACUACCCCUAUUCCUAAGUAGUCAGCCGUGACAACCAUCUGAUAGGAGGAUAAUGGCUACAAGAUAUUGGCGUAGCCCGGUGAACCGAAGCCCCUCGAAAGAUGAUGAUACACUAAGAGACAGGAUAGGAUACUCCAAC